UCGAAUAUCAGAUCGGAAACAAUUAAUUAAAAUUGAUAAGGAUGAUGGGCAUUGAUGCUUUAAUCCUCCAAGUAUAUCAAAGGCGGAUGGUGAAGAUCCUGCUUGCAACUUUUGCCAGGAUGCUUAUCGUGUCCAGCUUUCUGGCGGAUGCUCUGCACAUCUGCCAAUACUGGCGACUGGAGCAGAGCAUCCUGAACAUGAACUGCUGUUGUGGGCUCAUUGCGGCUGGAGUCUGUAUCAACCUGCUGGCGAUUGGACAAUUUAUUGGCUCCGCACUGAUUGUGACCAGAAUACAGAUUAAUCUGGGCACGGGACUGAUUUGGAUGGCGGCCCACCUGCGGAUGGCCGUCAAUCCGUCGCAGUGGAGCCUCGUCAGGUACUUCCAGCUGUGCAAUGUGAUCAGUGCCCUGCUGGUCAUAAUGCUGAGGUCUCGACGCACCCCGGUUGUCGCCUUCCUGCUGCUCACCUACGUGAACUGCAAGAAUAAGGACCGGCUGUUGUGGCACGUCCUCUACAAGUACGCUGUGAAGCUCUUGGUGGGUUUCAUCCUCGUGGGUUAUCGGCAAAGGGUCUCCGCCGGGCUGAUGGUCCUACUCUUGUCCAUCCAUUGUGUGGACAUGCACAUCUGGCUAGAUUCGUCUCUACGGCAUGCGGCUUUGACUUCGAGUGACAAUUUCUGGCACAAGGUAUCCGUGGCUGGCGGAUUGAUAUUUAUUGUCGUGAAUAGCCGACAUUACCAUAGCAUGUUUUAA